AUGUUCUGCCUCCGAAGUUGGCUCCCACUCCUCUUCAUUCCGACAAACGCAUCGCCCGCAUUCAUCCUGCUCUUCUUCAUCGGAACCUACUUCCUCAACCGCCCAUGCGUCUACUGCUCGCUGCUCCUCCUCAUCCUCUUCUGCACCUCGUGCGUCUGGUCGGACCAAUGCCUCUUUGACCGCGAUACAUCGCAGUGGUUCCAUCCACGACCGGGCAGCAGCGCCGACAUGGGCGCGUCGAGUCCUUACCUUGGACACGAAACUAUCCUGCCUGCCGUGGUCGGCGGCGCGCUGCGCAAGAUGCAGGCCGAGCGCGCGGCAAGGUGGACGGGUCUGGGAGCAGAGUGGUUGAGAAAUCUACUGGGAAAGAGGGAAUGGACCGUCGAUUGCAUGGGAGUGAACAUACAGCUCUGA